GAUAAAACAGACUAGGCCUCACGGGAUAGACCUAAGAAGGAACUAUUUUUGCCAUUUAUUGAGUCUUCAGAAAAUUGAUAAACUGAAUCCUCCCUCAUCUCUCUCUACCAUACUUACUGGUUGAGAGAGAAUGGAUACAAUUGGGCACACAGUUUGUUGUCUUUCUUGGAAGAGCAAUCAGCAGAUGGUUCAAUCUGCACCGAGAAAAGGAUUGGCCUCAAGGAAAAAAUUGUGUGUUAAUGAAGAAAGUGAGGGACAAUUAGGACUACUAAAUAGGAGGGCUGCUAUGGUUACUGGGGUGUCUUUACUUUCAUCGGUAGUUUUCGGGUUUCCGGGAGAAGUAUUGGCAGUGGUGAAACAAGGUCCUUUAGCUGGGAGGAUUCCUGGCCUCUCCGAACCAAAUGAACAAGAGAAAAAAUGCUCAGACAGGUUGGAGGACAUAUCAAAGACCGGAUGAGAAGUCGGGAGGCCAUGGCGUUGGGUGGAGUCCUAUCAUCCCAUAUGCCUUCUCAGUUCCUCAAGACUGGGAAGAGGUUCCAGUGUCAAUUGCUGAUCUUGGAGGCACAGAGAUUGAUUUAAGAUUUGCUAGCCCAAAAGAAGGACGCCUUUUCGUAAUUGUUGCCCCUGUUCGAAGAUUUGCAGAUGAUAUUGGUGAUGAUGCCACAAUAGAACGAAUAGGCCCUCCAGACAUAGUAAUCAAUGCAUUCGGGCCAGAGGUAAUUGGUGAGAACGUAGAAGGGAAGGUAUUAAGCUCUGAAGUAGCAGAAUACUCGGGAAGAAAGUACUAUCAGUUCGAGUUAGAGCCACCUCAUGUUCUAAUUACAGCAACUGCAGCCGGGAAUCGCCUCUACUUGUUCGGUGUAACUGCAAACGGUCUUCAAUGGAAGAGGCACUAUAAGGAUUUAAAAAAGAUAGCUGAUUCUUUUCGAGUUGUUUAAUCGAAAAAUCACAUCUUAAUGUGGCAUGCAAUAUUUCCUUCAGAGUUAUUGAAUUGGCUAAUAUACAAUAUAUAGGAUACUAAGAUUUAAACCUCUAGUUUUGUACAUCAAUACAGUUUGCUGAAUGUUCUAUGUGUUCUCUUCAAAUAUUGUCUUUAUAUUUAGCAAUUU